AUGUCUGAAGGAGGUCUUAAGAUCACUGAGGCUUGCCCUGUCUAUGCGCCCUUCUUUGGCGCCAUGGGUUGCACGGCUGCUAUCGUCUUCACUUGCCUCGGUGCCUCGUACGGAACUGCCAAGUCUGGUGUCGGAAUUGCCGCCACCGGUGUUCUCCGACCUGACCUUAUCGUCAAGAACAUUAUCCCCGUUGUCAUGGCUGGUAUUAUUGGUAUCUACGGUCUCGUCGUCUCUCUCGGUGCCGGUCUCUCUGUCGGUCUCUCCGGUCUCGCUGCUGGUUUCGCCAUCGGCAUCGUUGGUGAUGCCGGUGUUCGUGGUACUGCCCAGCAACCCCGCCUCUUCGUUGGCAUGAUCUUGAUUCUCAUUUUCGCCGAAGUCUUGGGUCUCUAUGGUCUUAUCGUGGCUCUUCUCAUGAACUCGAAGGCGACUUCAGGCACCCAGUGCUAA